CCGGCUGGGCCCUAGUGCCGCCAAUUAACCGCGAGGCCUCGCGAGCAGUGCGCUUACAUCCUCGAGCACACCAUUAUUCGAGGCUCGAGACCGCGACCCACGCUUCGCGCGCAUUUUCGAGCAGUGACGCGCGAUAUCGGCAGUUUCAGGAUCGAUCCGCGACGUGAUCGACGGUGCUUGGACUAGCGAUCCUCGUCUCCAGGAGCCUCGAGUCCCAGAAUACCUGUUACGAGGCAGAACGCCUGACGAAUAAAUCUAGGACGCCGGUUAUAAAACCGUUUUAAUUGCGCGUGGUCAACGCCGGUUGCGACGUGGUGCCAUCAGUUCCUAUGUAGCAGGGCCUCGCGAGAUCUGGGACCGUUCCAAACGCACGUUGAUCAGUGAUACGCUGGACAUUAGCCACACCAGUAUUAAUCCACGGCGUUGGUGACUUCUCGCGUGAUCGACGACGGAUGUACCAGCGCCCUAGGACCCCGAAGCACGUUCAGUGUCCGUUUCUUCGCGGCGUCCUGGAUUAGCGAAGACGGGAUCGUCCUGUGAAGAAUUACUACUUGUACUUGUUUCUCGGUGAUUUGGGCCACCGUGCGCGUUUUCGGGGCCUCACGGAGUGUUCGAAUCUUCGAAAACCGCGAGAUUGUUCCAGAAUCUCCGCGGGCGGAUAUCGGCAGCGACUCGCGACAUGCUUGGCCCGUGAUCGUUGGGCCCGUAGACUGCAGAGUGAUCAACGGUGGAUGGAGAUCCGCUCCGGGCCCGUGAUGACGCUGUCUUCCGACCGGUGGAUCGUUCCGCGAACCUCAAGAUGCGCGAACAUCGCGCGUCGAGGGCCCUACGUGCAUCGAGUUGGUUCGAACGAAGUCCAAAGAGGCCCGAUCGGGAAUUGACGCCUCGAGGAAACCCUCUGGAGAACUCCGCGGCCGAUUCCACACCCAAGGACACGCGGGAGGGACCGGGCCCAGCGUUCCGUGGGUCCACACUUCGUGACCGCGCGAAACGUUAUCGGUUUCCCUUUGUAUCCGCGGAUACGCGCCGCGUAUUAAAACGUUAAUCUCCGGCCGUACUACCGGUUAUACGUACAGAUUGGCUCUCCCUUCCUCCAGACUGUCUCUCUUUCCUGUUCUCUUCGUUUUUCUGUUCGCCGCCACCUUUCUCUCUCCUUCAGCUCCUCUCCCCUCGCUAGCUUUCGCCCGAUCCCCUCCUACCACCGCGGGCCACGGGGCCUCUGUCUCUUCCUUGCCGUCGGGCCACGUCCUUAUUGCCGUGAUCGCCGCGUGCCAUGAUCACCGCGAGACCCCAGAGAUUGCCAAGAUUCUCGUCCAGAUGAAGAUUUCGAGCGGCGAACAAAAGAUGUCCGUGAAUCGAUAAACCGGCGUUUGCUAUCGCGGAAUGCAGUCGCGGUGAACGAGACUUUGCGGACGGUGGAUAGAACGACGACUACUGGGACAGUUACUCCGAGGGAAUAAUACUCGAGACUUUUGGUGAUCGCAAUUGUCGCGAUCUACGAGAAUAAAAAUUCGUCCGAAUUCAAUGCGCAGUGUCGUUCCUUCGCUGGGAUAUCGUUUGCGAUCAAGCCCCUAAGCCGUGUUUGAUCGUCCGUGGAAACGGGACCUCGAGGGAUCUCCAUCGACGCGGUGUCCACUUGACGAUGACGGCUUCUUCUUCCUCUCCGUUGUCUAUGCCCCCUUCUUCCUCGUUCUCUUCGUCCAGGUGGCUCCACCUGGACCGCGACCGAGACCACGAUCUUAUCGAGCGCCGUCCAGGCUGAUCGAGGCGAAGAACGAUCGGUAGGCUAUCGUCGGAUGAUCGCGGAGAGGCUUAACGCGGCUGGGAUUGAACGCGAAACGAGCACCGGCGAGAGAGAACGACGCACAGCGAUCCCCCGCCUGCGGAUAAGGCGAGCCUCUCCGAGAUAAAGCGAGAGUCUCACGAGGGGGACCGCCGAGUGGUCCGGAGCAGCGCACCGGUGACGUCUUCGAGACGAUGUCGAGCCUAGCCAGGAGACGGAAGACCUCGCUGCUGGGCUCCAAGAGGUGGUGGCAGGGCGGCUGCUGGGCCACCAGGAGCCACCAGGAGGCCUACCUGCGCAAGCUCUACGCCAGAAAGAACGAGCACGCGGGGAAAGUCGAGGACGAGGCUGCCAGCCGUCAGGAGCUGGAGAACACUUGGACGAAUCCCGGCGCUGUCUACGAAUUGCCCCCCGCGGACGAGCACUACCUGGACGCGUUCCUCAGGAGCAGAGAGGAUGGGAUUCACGAGGGAGACGUCGUCGGGGUGGUCGUGGGGUGUCCAACCCUGGCUGCCUCCGGCACCAGUCCCACGGAGAAGUGCGUCGAGUACCUGAACGGCGCCCAUGAUGCCGCGGCGGCCUUCGAGCAGGAUCGCAGGCUCGGGGAGCAGGAAUGCAACCGCGUCGCCGAUUGCAGCUCCCUGCAUUCGGGUUACGAUGUCGCCGCCGCCUCUUCGGAAAAAGUGUGCAGAAGCUGCAGGUGCCCGAGGGAGGAGCAUCAGCGGACUUCGACGGAGGCGGGCGGUCCCUCGGGACUGGGCCUCGGUCCUGGCCCGCCGAUGGCAAUGGCCAUGGCGUUCCAAAGCGGGGCCGCCGGUUCUUCUCACCAGGAGCCCUUCAAGAGUCCCGUCCAAGCGGCACCGCCCGGGCUGGCGCUUCAGGAGGCCCUGAUGCAUCAUCAGAGGCACUCGCAGAGCGACGAUGACAGCGGAUGCGCGCUGGAGGAGUACACGUGGGUGCCGCCUGGUCUCAGGCCGGAUCAAGUACACCUGUAUUUCAGCGCGCUACCGGAAGACAAGAUCCCGUACGCGGGUAGCGCGGGCGAGCGGGAGCGGGUGAAGCAGCUGCUGCAACAGCUACCGCCACACGACAACGAGGCGAGGUACUGCAGCGGCCUGUCCGAGGAGGAGAAGCGGGAGCUCAGGGUGUUCGCGGCCCAGCGGAAACGCGAGGCUCUAGGACGGGGCCACGCCAGCCAGCUCGAGAGGCCCCACGGCGCGGGAUGCCGCGAGUGCGCCAGGCCGAUCGCCGCUGGUGAAAUGGCGGUCGCGGCGAGCCGUGCUGGACCAUCGGCGCUCUGGCAUCCGGCGUGCUUCCUCUGCUGCGUCUGUAGGCAGCUGCUCGUCGACCUGAUAUACUUCUGGCGGGACGGCAGGCUCUACUGCGGCAGGCACCACGCGGAGACCCUGAAGCCGCGAUGCUGCGCCUGCGACGAGAUCAUACUGGCGGACGAGUGCACCGAGGCGGAGGGCAGGGCAUGGCACAUGAGGCACUUCGCCUGUCUGGAGUGCGAUCGCCAGCUCGGGGGUCAGAGGUACGUGAUGAGGGAAGGUCGACCGUAUUGUCUACGCUGCUUCGACGCCUCCUUCGCCGAGUACUGCGACAGCUGCGGGGAGCCAAUCGGCGUCGAUCAAGGACAAAUGUCGCACGAGGGUCAACACUGGCACGCGACCGAGGCAUGCUUCUGCUGCGCCACUUGCCGCGCUUCCCUCCUCGGAAGACCGUUCCUGCCUCGAAGAGGUGCCAUUUAUUGCAGCAUAGCUUGCAGCAAGGGGGAACCGCCGACGACACCGAGCGACUCCUCCGCUGGCCCGCCUCCGCCGCCUUCCUUCCUCAGAACUGGUCGGAGACAACCGCCAGCCAGUGAAGGUUCGUCGAGUCCACCGCCCCCUCCGCCACCUCCCCCGCCGCCAGGAUCCAGACACACCCUGGGAUCACCGCGCAAUUCACCUCGUAUGACCAGGAAGCAUCAUCAAACGUCUGCUUCUCUGGCGACGACGCCCACGCAGAGCACGCUGAGUCCCGAAUUCACGGCCGAAGGGUUCCCUUCGAGCGGCUCCAGGCCCAGCGGCCUCGACCGGGUGCUCCUCGAGAGGAAUCUCGAGAGACUGCUCCAAGAUCGCAGUUCUCAUCCUGAAGAAAAUCGCAGCGAAUUGGGAAGACUGAUGCAAGCAAGGGAUCGAGAGCCGUUGAGAUGCGUGCAGAACUGCGCUCCUUCCCACGCGUCGAGUAUGCCGGAACUUCCGCCGCCACCGCGGCCGUCGUCGGGAGCUUCCGCGUCUGCGUCUACGUCAACGGGGAUCGUUAUCGCCGGCGGCAUCGGUACGUUGUCCGGUGGCAAUUUGGCACACGAGUCGGCGACGUCGCCGACGAACCUCCACGUCGGCCAAACAGACCCCCCGACGCCGACGUCGCGACGCGUACGGUUUCAAGGGGACUUAGACGUGAACGAUCACCCAGGAACGUCGUCGCGCGUCCCCCUUUCGCCGACGAACGACAGGAAUUCGUCGUCCUCGCCCUCCCCGACGCCAGCCUCGCUGUCGAGGACGAACGUGUCUCGAUCGAGGAGCUUGCAGUCGGAGGAAGUCGCUGGCACGUCUGCUUGGGGAGGGUCCAAGUCGAGAAUCGACGGCGAGGAGGAGGACGCGGAGAGCUGCUGUUCCACCUGCAGCUCCUCGAGCAGCUCGGACGAGGCUGCCGCGUACGCUCUGCCGCCGAGAAGAGCGUACGGCGGCGUCAGGAUAUCGUACGUGCCCAACGACGCGGUCGCCUGCGCGCGAAAACGCGGCCCGACCUCGUCGCCGUCGUCGAAUCAGCCGCAGAGGGACACGGAGAAGUGCGUCGUGUCCUGAUGACAUCCGCGACGAAUAGUGACGAUGAUCCUUUCGUACGUGCCACCGAAGGAAACGCUUCCUCUACUGUGGAGUCGUAAGACGCGGAGGGACUCGAGCCUCCAACGGGCACGGAAGUGCAGCGAAGGGCCGACAAAUGCGAGACAAAACAGAGUUCCUAACCGACGGCCACGUUGCUCGAGGCUCGAGGCGUCAGCGAUGAGGACUCGUGAUGGAAUACUCAUUCGUGUAAAUAGUGAAUGUACUUCCGCACCGAUCGCUCGCGUACACCGGACAAUCGCGAGGAUCGCGCUUUUUCCUUCUAUUUUUAUUACCCCGUUGAUGUAUUUGAUAAUAAUAACGAUAAUAAUAACGUUAUAUUUUAUUACCACCGUCAUUCCCGCUGCGAAGCGAGAGUUCAGCGCCGUGUACUUGUAGCUCGACAAGUCGAACGUUAAUCCCUGGACUCGUGGGGUUCUUCCGUAGCCUUCUUUCAACCCUUUGGGCAUGAGGGAGUUUUCAUACCGCCGCCUGGAGCGAGCUUUUUCGCGUUUGUAUAGUUUCGUGUCGACUGGUGGUUUUAUUAGAAAUGUUGCGGUUACGUGCUUGUAGGAAGAUGCAGUAUUAUUGUAUUUAUUUGUCUACGUUAGAAAGAACUGAAAAGAAAUGACAGGGUGCAAUGUAUUGCUUUGGCCCUAACCUUAAAAAUAUAAGUGUAUGUUUGCGCUGCUCAAAGGGUUAAACUUCAGAACUUCAGUUUUACGCAUACUUCAUUCGUACAAUUUGUGUUAAAAAGGAGUAGCGUACAAGAUGCCCAAGGUCCUAUGUUACCUGGUCUACGGUCUAAUGUCCUGGUUUCUUCAUGUCAUUCAUCUUUUUACACUCGGACAACGAUCUUAGGGGCCUCUCGUUAAUCCUUUGCGAUUCUACGUCGAGCGAGGCUCAACGAAAAUGUACUGAAAUCAAAAAAUGUGGAUCGCAAAAUGUUAACCUUGUCGAGCUACUCGCGUGUUUUACGGAUUCUUCAAACUCCACCCACGCCAGUGUCCUCCCCUCGGAUUCUUCCUCUGAUCCAGAAUUUUUACGACGCGAACUCCGCUCUGCGAGGUGUCACGUUACGCUUGUAAGUACAAACGACAUUUCCGAACGAUGUAGACAAUCUGAAGAAGUAUUCGGGAAAUAAAUCAAGACGAUGUCGAUCGAAGCGAACGUGUUGUUUUUAAUGAUACAGAAUCGUCAGUGAUUUUAUCCUCUUUUGCUAACACCAUGCUACUUAUUUUUAGGAUUUGCUGAAUUAAGGUGGUUCUUUCCCAACUGUAUUAGUCAA